AUGGCUGCGACUUUAUUCUUCGAACAGUUUUUUGCGUUCGGGAUGGUGGAGGAGAUGGAUGAGGAAGGAGUUAUGGCGGCGAAGAAGAUAACGAUUGGAGUCUGCGUCAUGGAAAAGAAGGUGAAAUGUGGCUACGAGGCAGAAGUGGUGCGUCUAAGGAGUCACCAUGACAAAUAUUUGUUAGCAGACGUUGACAAAGUGGGUGUCUACCAAGACCGAAAUGGGACAUACAACAAUGCGAAAUGGACGGUGGAAAUCGUGGCGGGUGCCAACUUGAUAAGACUGAAGAGUUGCUAUGACAAAUACUUAACAGCCUCCAACGUACAAUUUUUGUUAGGUACCACAGGGAAGAAAGUGUUGCAAACCCUUCCCACAAGGUUAAACUCCUCUUUGGCGUGGGAACCCAUAAGAGAAGGUGCGAAGGUCAGGCUUAGAACACGUUAUGGACGGUUUUUACGCGCCAAUAAAGGCUUACCACCCUGGAGAAACUCUAUCACCCACGACAUCCGACAGCAGAAAUCAACGUCAAAUUGGGUUCUCUGGGAUGUCGACCUCGUACAGCUUCGACUAACCCCUCCCGCACCAAUCCUCACACUCAAUCCUGCAGAUGCUGCCAUGUUAGAAUCUCCUCCUUAUGCCGAUGAUGCCUCCUUUAGUUUCCAUCGCAGGUCUCCUGAUCUAUCAACUCAGGAAUUGAAGGAGAAGUUAAAGGAAGAGACAGGGUAUGAUGACAUUGUUGUGUGUUCCCGCAACCCACUUUAUCCCAAACUUUAUCCCCUGAUUUCAAUUGCCUCCUAA